AUGAUAUAAUAGAUUUAAAAAUAUCACGAAUUAGAAGAAUUUAUUAGCUCUUCGCUUUUAUCUCACUAGGUUCUCCAUAUUAAUCUGAGUGGAGAUUAAAUUGGUGAUGAAGGUGCAUCGAGCUUAGGUUCUGGUUUAGCAAAGUGCAUUAAUCUCUCAAAUUUGACACUUAGCAUUUAUGGAGAUUAAAUUGGUGAUGAAGGUGCAUCAGGCUUAGGUACUGGUUUAGCAAAGUGCAUUAAUCUCUCAAAUUUGACACUUAGCAUUUAUAAAAAUUAAAUUGGUGAUGUAGGUGCAUCAGGCUUAGGUUCUGGUUUAGCAAAGUGCAUUAAUCUCUCAAAUUUGGCACUUGAUCUUAGUGAAAAUUAAAUUGGUGAUGAAGGUGCAUCAGGCUUAGGUUCUGGUUUAGCAAAGUGCAUUAAUCUCUCAAAUUUGACACUUAGCAUUUAUAAAAAUUAAAUUGGUGCAAUGGGUGCAUCAGACUUAGGUUCUGCUUUAGGAAAUUGCAUUAAUCUCUCAAAUUUGACACUUGAUCUUAGUGAAAAUUAAAUUGGUGAUGAAGGUGCAUCAGGCUUAGGUUCUGGUUUAGCAAAGUGCAUUAAUCUCUCAAAUUUGACACUUAAUCUUUCUUACAAUAAGAUUUGUGACUAAGGAGCAUCAAGCUUAGGUUCUUGUUUAGCAAAGUGCAUUAAUAUCUCAAAUUUGACACUUUAUCUUUGUGACAAAUAAAUUGGUGCAAUAGGAGCAUAAGGUUUAGGGGGCGGUAUAGGAUUCGAACCCCCGAUAUCACUGCUAAGACCCUCCGACUCGCCCACUCGAGUCGCUUAGCCCUUCUUUUAAAUUGGUGAUGAAGGUGCAUCAGGCUUAGGUUCUGCUUUAGCAAAGUGCAUUAAUCUCUCAAAUUUGACACUUAGCAUUUAUAAAAAUUAAAUUGGCGCAAUAGGUGCAUCAGGUUUAGUUUCUGGUUUAGCAAAGUGCAUUAAUCUCUCAAAUUUAACACUUGAUCUUAGUGAAAAUUAAAUUGGUGAUGAAGGUGCAUCAGGCUUAGGUUCUGGUUUAGCAAAGUGCAUUAAUCUCUCAAAUUUGAAACUUUUUCUUUAGUUCAAUUAAAUUGCUGCAAUAGGAGCAACAGGCUUAGGUUUUGGUUUAGCAAAGUGCAUUAAUCUCUCAAAUUUGACACUUAGCAUUUAGUUCAAUUAAAUUGCUGCAAUAGGAGCAACAGGCUUAGGUUUUGGUUUAGCAAAGUGCAUUAAUCUCUCAAAUUUGACACUUAGCAUUUAUGACAAUUAAAUUGGUGAUGAAGGUGCAUCAGGCUUAGGUUCUGCUUUAGCAAAGUGCAUUAAUCUCACAAAUUUGACACUUAGCCUUAGACAAAACUCAAUGAAUCUUAGCUCAAUUAAAGGAAUAAAGGCUAAAAAAGGAUGA